AAGUGCGUCAGAAAGUCAGAAUGAUAAUAAUACCAUUGGGGGUUGGAGAGAAAGAAAGGGAGCUAGCUAGUCAAUACUUGCCAUCAUUUAGUCUGAGAAAACCAAGGUUUGGUCGUUUCGCUGAUAUAAUAACGUAAUUGGGAUCAUGAGGUAGGACUUAACCAAGAAAAUAAAAUAAAAUUUUAGUAGUAGUUUUGAAUGAAGGAUUGCAAGAAAGACAAGGUAGGGCCUCAGGAAACACUUCGGUAAAAAAAAAGGUUGAAGAAAAUUUUAUUUUACUUCCAGUAGUCUUCCACACUGAGAGAGAGAGAGAGAGAGAGAGAGAGAGAGAGAGGGGUAUAAAUGAGAGAUGAACAUGUUGGUAGGCUUAUUAUAUAAAGGAGGAUAGGUGAAGAUUGGAAGAGGAGAAAUAGAAAAAAAAAGGUAGAGAAAACAUUGAGAGAUACGCCCAAGAGAUGGAAGAACAUCUGAACCCCUUAGCUGUGACUCAUCUGCUUCAACACACCCUGAGAAGCUUGUGCAUUCAUGAAAACUCUCAGUGGAUUUAUGCCGUCUUCUGGAGGAUCCUGCCUAGAAACUACCCACCACCCAAAUGGGAAGGUCAUGGAGCUUAUGACAGGUCAAGAGGGAACAGAAGGAACUGGAUAUUGGUUUGGGAAGAUGGUUUCUGCAACUUUGGUGCCUCCUCAACAGCUCAUGAGAUCAACUCCAGUUCUGAUUGUCCUGCAGGCCCUUCAUCAUCAAUGUAUGGCAACUGUGAAUUUCAACAAUACAAUGGCCUGCAACCAGAGCUUUUCUUCAAGAUGUCCCAUGAAAUCUACAACUACGGAGAAGGGUUGAUAGGGAAAGUGGCUGCAGAUCAUAGUCAUAAGUGGAUACACAAAGAACCAAAUGAUCAAGAAAUCAACUUCUUAUCAGCCUGGCACAACUCAGCUGACUCGCACCCUAGGACAUGGGAAGCCCAGUUCCAGUCUGGCAUAAAGACCAUAGCCCUUAUAGCAGUUAGAGAAGGUGUUGUUCAGUUAGGAGCUACUCACAAGGUGGUUGAAGAUUUGAGCUAUGUAGUUCUGCUAAGAAAGAAGUUUAGCUACAUUGAAAGCAUCCCAGGGGUGCUUCUGCCACACCCAUCAUCUCCACCCUUCCCCUACAAGGUUGAUCAUCAUCAUCAUCAUCAUGGCUAUGCAUAUGGUCCCACCCCAGAUCAUCAUCAUGCAUUGCAUUUCCAAGCAGGCACUCCAACUCAUGAAUUCAUGUAUGAUCACCACCACCAAUAUCUCAACAACCAAGCAGUUCCAUUGAAAAACAUAACACCCUCCAUGAGCAGCCUUGAAGCCCUCCUCUCAAAGCUUCCUUCAGUGGUGCCCUCUGCACCUGCAAAUCAUGAUCAGCUGCAGCAGCCGCAAGAACAUGAUCUUCAAGGGUCCCAGUUUAUGUUAUCCCAUGGACCGCUCGAUUUCAUGGCGAUCACGGAGCAGAAGUUGGUGGCCAAGGGGGAGACUGAUGAUCGUGAUGAUCAUAAUGAAGAGUAUAAUAAUAAUAAUAGGGCAUCAGAUCAUCAAAACAACGUGGGUGAGACUAGCACUUCUAUGUCUGCUUAUGCUCGUCAACAACACCAUUUCCAUCACCACUAGCUAAGAUCAGAACUAAUAUUACUAAUAAUUGAUUAAGCAAUUAAUUAAUAGUGUUAUUUAUUUUGUCAUUAGCUUAAUUCUAUUUUGUAGAAGGAUCAAGGAUUGGUUUCUAACAUUGCUAGCAACCUCUCUCCCUCUUUCUCUCGUAUUAAACUGUAAUGUGAAGAAUCUUGUUGCUUUUAUGAAUGCACAUGUUUUCUUCGUUUGAAAUGACGAGUCAAA